AGAUAUUUCAUUCACCAAUAUGCACGCAUCCGGCUUCGCGAACGCCCCCGUGACCCGAGUUCUCGUAAUUGCAACAGUAGUCAUAUCCUUCCUCGCGACACUGACUGACACAAAAUACUACGCUUGGAUCGAUAUCCGUCCGCACCUCUUUGACUACCAUCAGUUCUGGCGACUGUUCACAUGGCAACUAUGCUAUACCAACAGCACAGAAGUGCUCUUCGCAACCAUGACACUAUACAACUUACGAGUGAUUGAGCGGCUCUGGAGCAGCAGGAAAUUCGCUUCUUUCCUUGUAUCCACUUAUAUCUACAACGCUCUUAUUCCGCCGAUCCUGUUGGCUGCGGUCAUUCGGCCGCUGAGCCUGGGCAGGAUCAACUUACCUGCCGGUCCCACGCCCAUGGUCUUUGCUCUGCUCGCACAAUAUCAUGCUGCCAUACCGUACAUUUACAAGUACCGUCUCUCGGGGUCGACGACAGCGAAUGCGCAGGAUUCUUCUACUACUGCGGGGCUGAUGCUCACGUCGAAAGCGACAUCGUACCUUCUACCUUUACAGCUUGCCCUUUCGCAGCUUCCAGGCUCCGCGAUCACGGCCGCGGUGGGAUGGGCUGUUGGGUGGGCUUACCGGAGAGAGAUCCUGCCGGGAGCGACGAGAUGGCGUCUGCCCACGUGGGUGCUCGGUGGAAGUGAACAGAAGGAGCGAUAUGAUAAUUUGCGGCGGAGACUGGAGGGCGAGGCUGGCACAGCUACAGGCGUGGAAACCAAUACAGAUGAUCGGACGAGGAGGAGAGGCGUGUUGGGAGGACUGGCGGAUCAGUUCAGAGGAGCAUUUUGAUGAUCUCUAGCGGAAGGCUACGUACACUGCGGACAGCUCUCUGGACAACCACCACACGGGUGUCUGGAUGAAUGUUUCCCAAAAGAGACACCGAGGUCGCUCAUGAUGGGGAAAGAUUUGUCGUUUAGACAGCCGACUUCUUGAUGCCAAUCAUCUCGCUCUGGAGCCAUUGCUGUGAGGCAGGCAGAGGGUCGGUUCUAUCUGAUAGGACACUCAGUCGAGGAAGGCAUAUCACAGAUUGUAGAGAUGAAGAUACGAUUGGACCGAGAUAUUUUGCAAAGCUCGACUGGUUGUAUG